UUAGAAUAUAUGACACCUAUCAGUGUGGUGGACGGGUCUCAGUAUACUCCCCACUGCAUAACAUAAAGUGGAACCAAGAAUAACAAACAAAAAAGUACACCGCCAAAAAAAGGGGAACAUGCAGAAAUCGCGGAUUCUUAUUUACUUGUGUCUCCUGGUUGCGUUUGGUCCAGUGGGUCUUGGAGAGAUUCCUCAACAGCCUUCAGAGAAAGCGGACGCCAGUGAACCGUGCUCUACUUGUGACACAAGGCAGCACAGUAAACUCUUAAGACUGCAAUCUAUCAAGUCGCAAAUCCUCAGUAAGCUUCGCCUCAACCAGGCUCCAAACAUCAGCCGUGAUGUUGUCAAGCAGCUUUUACCCAAAGCUCCUCCAGUGCAGCAACUGCUUGAUCAAUAUGAUGUCCUGGGGGAUGAUAAUAACGACGCAGUCUUGGAAGACGACGAUUAUCAUGCCACAGCCGAAACCAUCAUCACCAUAGCCACAACACCGGACCCUGCUGUACAGAUUGAUGGAAAGCCCAAGUGCUGCUUCUUCACAUUCAGCCCGAAAAUUCAAACCAACCGUAUAGUCAAAGCGCAACUCUGGAUACACCUGCGGCCAGUCCAGGAAUCCACGACUGUCUAUCUGCAGAUCCUCCGACUCAAGCCAGUGACCGACGGGACCAGGCACACAAGAAUCCGGUCUUUGAAGCUCGACGUAAACUCUGGGACCAGCACGUGGCAAAGCAUAGAUUUUAAACAAGUAUUGCAAUCCUGGUUUCGGCAGCCUGAGAUAAACUGGGGGAUCGAGAUCAACGCAUUCGAUUCCAAUGGAAAUGACCUGGCUGUUACUUCCCCGGAACCGGGGGAGGUUGGGUUGCAGCCUUUCUUGGAAGUGAAGAUUACAGAUGUACCCAAGCGAUCAAGGCGAGACUCAGGCUUGGACUGCGACGAGCACUCUCCUGAAUCCCGAUGCUGUCGUUACCCCCUCACUGUGGACUUUGAGGACUUUGGAUGGGACUGGAUUAUCGCACCUAAACGAUACAAGGCCAAUUACUGCUCAGGAGAAUGUGAGUUCAUGUAUCUGCAGAAAUACCCUCACACUCACCUGGUCCACAAAGCGAACCCCAGGGGUUCGGCAGGGCCCUGUUGUACCCCUACCAAGAUGUCCCCCAUCAAUAUGCUCUAUUUCAAUGAGAAAGAACAGAUAAUAUACGGCACAAUCCCGGCCAUGGUGGUAGAUCGCUGUGGUUGCUCAUGAGCUUGCCAGAGAAGCCCGUUCCUUCCUGAGGCUGGACUUGAGAAUGGAGAUAUUUCUUCUGUCAGUGAUUUCUGCAUUAUCAAAAUACUGUGCAACAGAACAAGAAUAGAGGCAGUUGCUCCAGAUUCAAAAGUAAUGUUGAGCAAGUCAUCGAAAAUCUUCCUGGAAGACAAAUCUACGAAGCUGCUGGAGGUUUGAUUUCAUACUCGAGAGGAAGAAGUCGCAGUCCAGGCCAUGACAUCUCCUAGUGACCCUUUUCUUCUUUCAGGCAUGCAUACACAUGCCUUUCAACACCAGCUUUGACAACCUAACUAUAUAUUACACAAUAUCUCAGAAAAUUCAUAUAUGCAGAGAUUUCUGAAAGAAUUUAAGAAGCCUCUACAGUAGGUCUUUUUGAGAAAGGCGUGAUGUUUAAAUUCAAGAUUAGAUGGGCUUCAGUUAAUGUUAACAUUUACAUAAGAGGUAUUAUAGUUCAGUAAACAAUCGCUUUCCUGUCACAGUGCCACCUGAACUGUUCUACACACUUGAAUUGUAAUUAUCUAUCAGCAUUGCUGGAAAGAUGGACUUGAAUUAGAAGCACUAAGAAUGCAGCGUUUGUGUGUAAAUGUGUAAAAGGCAGAGAAAUGUAAAAAUAUGUUAAAUGCUAAAACCAUGCUUAAAGGGCAAGUGGUGGGGUUCUGGAAAAUGUAACGUCACACGUCCCCAGGUGCUGCUACAACUGCUUAAAUAACGCGCCUGUAAGACAAGUUGUCAGGAUGUUAACAGUGAAAAGAGAAAAUCAUUGUUAAAGAGAAUCAUUUUCGGAACCCUGCUCUUUAAAGUGAUUUUACAAACAAUACAGUUUGCACUAUGGCAAACCAAUAGAAACAAAUUGGUUGCUACAAAAAAAACCUGAGUUUGAUUUUUGCUAAUUUGUAAUGUUACAUGGCAUUGUUUCUCUACAGACUUUCCUUCUUUUUUUAACCACUGUUGGUAAAUGUAAAUCAUAAAAGCACACAAGUAGAGACAUUUGUACAAUAACAAAUGUAUAUAUGCAAAUAAA